GUCGGAUUACGUGACAAAUAAACGGCACAGGGAUAAUCCUACGGAAGGAGGUUCAGUGCACGCAGGCCAGCUCCCAGCAGGCGCUGCCCAAGCAGAGGUACCCAGGCAGGAAUGCACCUUGUGUGUGUGGGGAGAAACCAGUGUGGUCGAAGCUGAUGUGCUACACACCACAGAAGUGAAAGAAACUUGGUUUAGUGGAAAUCGUAGAGCGCCUUCGAUGCCAGCCUGAAGAAUCAAGGCAUCCGUGCUUCCUCCUGAUUGGUGUGUCCCAUUCUCCAGGGUUGCUAAGUGAUGUAUUCCAGAGUUCUUGACUCUGAACUUCAGCGGCUGCCCGCCACAGGCCCUUUUCAUGCCAUGGCUAACACCCGUGCUUAUGUGCAAUGCUGGAUGUGGAUUUGCCACUAUUUUGUGGGGCUGUGUCGGCGCCUGAAGAAGUUCUGGAAUGUCACCAUUAACCACUUUUUCACAAAGGAGAGGGAGGAAGAUGUCCCUUCGGUUGAGAGUAUUUUUCACAAAGAAAAAAUUGUGGUGCUUGGCCAUUUAUUAAAGAAUGAAUCUCUAGCCAUUGAGAAGAGGGCUCAAGCUGCGUAUAGAAUCGGACUUCUGGCCUUCACAGGUGGACCGACUGCUGGGAAGUUCGCCACCGAGUACAUGAAGGAAGUGGCUCAGUUGUUGAGAGACCACGAGAUGCCGCCCAAGGCCAAGGUCUUGCUGCUGCAGAGUGUAGCCUGCUGGUGUUACUUGAACCCCGUGAGCCAGAAAAGAGCCAAACGUUUGAAGUUUAUUCCCAUCCUCACUGAGAUUUUUGAGGACAAACUCGACUCCACCGUCAAAAGUGAAAUAAACAGCAGCCUCCUCGUUAAAUUUUGGACUUGCUACGUGCUCUCCGUCAUGACGUGCAAUAACCCGUCUUGUUUGAAGGAACUUAGAGAUUACAAUACCCUGAAAUACCACUUGCAAAUACUGGCGACCGAGAACUGGGCUGGGUGGCCUGAGAAUUUCGCGGAGGUGCUGUAUUUCCUAGUUGGUUUUCACAGGAAUUAAUG